AUGGGUGAUGACUUUAUUGAGGCAUUAGUGCUUGAUUCCAAGGCUCUUGAAGGCAUCGACGAAGAGUACGUUGACCGAACUACAAGUGUCGAUGAGGAUUCGGCCCACGUCGAAAUCAGCAAUGUCGACUCUGACGAUCAUGGGAUCGGAGUGAGGAAAGAUGAUACUCUUUUCUUCUUCUUCGGAGAACUUGAUGGUUUCCCAUCUGAUUCGUCUAAUCUUACUAUGGCAUCCUUCAGUGACACUAAGAAUCUAAGGGUGCCGAACGACACACAUGUAGUUUUUUAUCUAUCAGUUGAUAGAAUGGGCAAUUGGCGCUCCGCCACUGAUCAAGUUAAUCUGCCGAUUAUUUGGCUGUUUGAUAAUUUUGUAAAGGGCAAUGCACGAUUAUGUGUCAUGGCCAUUGUAUUGGUGAUAUCAGCAGAAUACUCUGGUGUCCUUGCCAUGCUUGUUCCCGUCUUGGUGAUGACAACGGAGCUUCCGACUAUCUGGAUUUUGGUAUCAUCUGGUUUUCGUUUACGAGAACAUACUCAUAGGUGGUGUUGA